AUGGCAACGAAAAUGCUGAAAAAUGUUGUGAAAAAUGUGAUAGUUGCCGAGAGAGGAAAUGCGUGGCGAGCGAGUUUGGGAAAAAUCAGCCGGACGCAAUAUUUGCAUCGAUAUCAGGUGACGCUUGUUCGACCCGAUGGUUCGACUAUUCUUGUGCCGGCUGCUGAACCAAGACAGGUGGGAUUGUGGGAUAAUUGAAGGAAAUAAAUAAAUGGAUUUUUGAAUUUAGAUUUUCCAAUCUGCGAUUGAUUUGAAACAAUUGAGCGAAGAUGAUCGUCGUCAACGCCUGGCUGCUCGAAAACCAAAAGCAAAAGCUAUCAAACAAGAAGUUAUUGAUGACAAUUUCGAUGAAUCUCAAUACAUGCAAUUUUGGUCGAAAUAA